AUAUAUAUACACACACUUUUUUUUUAAAGAAAAGCUUUAAAAUAUCACCCAUAGAGAAAACUCAUCACCUUUUUAAUGCUAUUUUUUAAAAUUUCACGAGCAUAAAUUUAUUUUAUUGUAAGGAUAGCUUUGAUUUUUUUUUUUUUUUUCAUAAAAAGAAAAGCAUUUUGUAUUCCUUUUUCUGGGAUAAGAAAGACAUUUCCUUUUUUUAAAAAAAGUUUUUGUCUGUUGAUCUUUAUCCAGACCUGGUACAGAUGAAAACUUGAAAGCGAAGGCCACGAGAGAGGCAAACACACCCGCCCCAGGUUUCAAAUAAUUGAGUGUAAAAUCGAGGAGAAAAAUGGCAGUAUUGAAUGUUCAGUGACCCUCCUAGGAACUGGUGAGUGAAGGGGGAAAAAAACCAAAUACAUUUAAGGAACCUUUUGAGGAAUUUGCAUCAAAUGUUCAUCAGUGCCUAACCAAAGGAGAAAAGACUCAGCCGAUAAAACCUCGUGCCAUGCACAAUUUUUAUGAAACGGGCGUCUGCUUAUAGCAAAGAUCAGAAAGGAAUCUGUCGAAGGCGAACACAGGAUCCAACUGAAGUUUUUGGUGAAGUUUGCGCAUUUUCAGCUGCUGCAAAAGAAAAAUUCAAAAUAUCGCUCUUGAUUAAAAGAAACUUGCUUCUGAAGUCGGCGAAGAGGCUCUUUUUUUUGGGGAGGUGGGGCGUCCCAAAAAGACAACCCCUUUUGGGAAAACCUCAAAUUUACUUGAGAAAAAACUGAGAAUUAAGAAGCCAAAGGAUGGAGACCAAUGUGCCGGCCGCAGAGGAAGCUCGGGGGGAGACGGAGCCCACUGAAUCUGCCCCCCCUGAGCCCAUGGAGGCCGGCCUGGGUGGCCAGGAGGUGGUUGCUUCUGCUCUCCCUGCAGGGGCUGCCAAAGAGACCCCAGCCCACCUCGUCCAGGAUGGUGCCCAAAGCGUCCCGCAGAAAGACGAUGGCCGGGUUUCCCCUGUAGAAGCAGCUGAAGGGGGGCGAAAGGAGGGACCCCCGUCCCCGAGUGAGGAGGCCUCCCCUCUGCCAGCCCCUCCGGUGCCCACCGGCUGCAGCCCAGCUGAGGAUGCCCCCAAGCCACGCCCGUCUCCAGCCAGCCAGCCCAAGGCGCCGGACUUCUACUGCGUGAAAUGGAUCACCUGGAAGGGCGAGAGGACACCGGUCAUCAUGCAGAGCGAAAACGGCCCCUGCCCGCUGCUGGCCAUCAUGAACAUCCUUUUUCUGCAGUGGAAGGUGAAGCUGCCUGCCCAGAAGGAAGUGGUCACCUCGGACGAGCUGAUGGCUUAUCUCGGGGACUGCCUCCUGUCCAUCAAGCCCCAGGACCAAGCGGAGGCCGUCCAGCUCAACUUCCAGCAGAAAUCUAACCCCCCAAAUGCCAUCAGACUGAAGCUGCAUCUGCUCCAGAGUCCGAUUUCCCAAACUGGCCAAUGA